AUGGCUAUGCAGCAGCAAAAUGCUUUUUUUGCUAGGAUGAAAGCUGAAAGAGCUUUUACGGGAGAUGCAGAUCCAGAGGUAGCUGACCGCUGGAUAUGUGAGUUAGAGAAGAUUUUUGCCGUUCUGGGAUGUUCCCCAGAGAAGAGGUUGGCAUAUGCAGUGUAUAUGCUUGUGGAAGAGGUCGAGCAUUGGUGGAGGGGCGCAUAUCAGAUGCUUGUGGCGAGAGGAGUUACAGUUGAUUGGGAUUGCUUUCGGAUGGUGUUCAUGGAGAAGUAUUUCCCGGAGAGCGCUAUUUCUGAGGCCUGGAAGUGCAAAAAGUUUGCCGAGGGUCUGAAGUAUGAGUUGAAGAAGGUGGUGGUGCUUAUGGCCAUCACCGAGUUUCCAAUCUUAGUAGAGAAGGCAAAGAUUGUGGAGAGGUUAGAAGGGGGUAACCGUGUGAUCAGAGCUGCUGAGGGACCAGCUGGGUCCAAGAGAGGAAGUGAAAGUCAGAGGAAGCCGGAUUGUCCACACACUGAGAGUAGAUGUUUCAGAUGUCAGCAGAUGGGCCAUGUGUCUUUUAACUGUCCCACCAGGAGUAGACCGGAGAGGAGUACUCAGAGGAGUGAUGCGCAUAGAGCUGAUACCCAGAGGAGUAGUGUGCAGAGGACUGAGACUCAGAGGGGUGACAGACCCACUACAGCUGGUAGGGUAUUCGCUUUGACGGGUGCUGAGGCUUCGACUUCUUCUGACCUAAUGAAAGGGAAGGGCAAGGCUGCUGAUUGUGCCAAUAGACGGUUGAUCUUUCCACAGGAGGAAGAUGAGUUAUUGAUUUCAGCUAGCCAAGCUGAAUCAUGGUUGAGGGAUGGUUGA